AGUAACAAACUUUUUUAUUGUUAUUAUUGUUUGUGCUUCAGAGCAAAUGAGGUCAAUCUUACUGCUCAGUAUCAGUAUGAAGAUAAUCAGGUUGGAGAUGUAGAUGCCUUCGCAAGAGAGCCCUUCAUCCUGCGCUUCCACUGUCCCUCCACAGUUGUAAAAGACCUGGUCCUGAUUCCAGUCCACACCAAGCCAGAAGACUCAGUAAAGGAACUUGAUGAGCUUUACGAUGUGGUUGAAGCUGUCAGACAGAAGUGGAAAACUAAUAACAUCAUGAUAUUGGGGGACUUCAACGCAGACGGUCGAUAUCUUUCCAAGAAGAAAAAGAAAUCAAUCCGCAUCUCUUCUGAUCCCUUCUACUGGUUGAUAGAUGACGAUGUUGACACCACGACUAGUAAUUAUAAUGACAACACCUACGACAGGAUUGUGGUGUAUGGGGAAGAAAUGUUGGAUGCCAUUGUUCCUGACUCUGCAAAGUCUUUCAACUUUCAAGUGGAGUUUGGGCUGACAGAUGAAGAAGCUGGAAACAUCAGUGAUCAUUAUCCUGUGGAAGUGGAGCUGGAGACUGUCCAAAAAGCAGCAAAACCAAAGAAGAAGGCUUUACCACGAACAAGAAAAACAUCCCCUAAAGGAAAAGAUCCAAAGAAAGGAUCAGAAAAUAGGACCAAGCCAUCAGAAUCCAAGACUUCAGGGGCAAAAAAGAAAAAAGGACCAUCACUUGAAUCCAAGACGCCAACAAAAAGGAGACGUUGAGCCACUUUAACCAAUCAUUACCAAACUCAUUGUUUAUUAUAGGUCAUCUUCUAGGCUAUAUUUUUGUGGAAAACUCAAUGUCCAAUAAAGAAAACAACGUAAUUCUAGGACUCAGAUGAAACUUGAUCUUAAAUAAAACAAUUCAUAAAUUGAA